AUGGCGCCUCUCAUCCGAGUCAUUGGCUCCCUCAAUGCCGACAUGGUGUCGGUCACACCACGAUUCCCGUACCCCGGCGAGACAAUCACCGCCUCAUCCUAUUUCCAAAGCGCAGGCGGAAAGGGUGCCAACCAAGCCGUCGCUUGCGGACGCAUGUCACGACCAAGGCCCCAAGCCGACUCAGCAGGCCUCAACACCCAGAGUGACGUCCAGGUCGAGAUGGUAGGCGCGGUAGGUGCACGCGACGGUCAUUUCUCCGCACUACUAAAGCCGACUCUGGAGAAAUCCGGCGUAGACCCAUCGCGGGUCCGAGUCGUCGAGGACGCAUAUACCGGCGUAGCAGUGAUUAUCGUCGACUCGUCCGCCGGAGGCGAGAAUCGUAUUGUGUUUUCCCCCGGUGCCAACUACCAGGGUAUGCAGCCGACGCCCGACGUGCUGGGUAUGGCUCUUGCGGCUCCCGUGCCUGAUGUGAUCGUGAUGCAGGGUGAGAUCCCUGUUGAGACAGUGAUUUGGUUCCUGAGGGAAAUUGCGACAUUCAAGACGAAGAACCGUACUGCUGGCAAGCGCGGCAUUGAGCGUGGCCCCGACGUUAUGCUGAACCCGGCCCCUGCUCCACCUGGUGGGCUCCCGGAGGAUGUCUAUUAUGCUGUUGACCAUUUAAUCUUGAACGAGACGGAGGCGGAGCUGAUGACCCCGUCGACUGAGCAAUUGCUCCGCACUGUUCCAGACGCCGACUCGCUAGACAGUAAGGAGAAGGUGGCAAGAUACUUCCACAAACUAGGCAUCACCUACGUUCUGAUUACAUUGGGGGCCAAAGGCGUUUGGUACAGUGCUACAGAUGGUGGAACAUCUGGCCCCAGCGACGGGGUUCGGCGCUUCACGAAUGAGCUCCCCGCAGCCCCUGUGUCUCAGGUGUUGGAUACCACCGCUGCGGGAGACACCUUUGUGGGGGCGUAUGCUGUCAAGGUUGCGCGGUGGCGCGAAAAACGCCGCGCCGAGGGCAAGUCUGGCAAGGAUAUUACUGAUGACGAGAAGCCGCAUCGUUACAAGACCGUCAUGGAUGAGGCUAUGCAGCUGGCUGCGCGUGCGUCCGCUCGGGCCGUGGAACGGCUUGGUGCAAUGGACAGCAUUCCGUUCGAGGAUGAAAUUUAA